AUGUCCCAAUCCUUUCAUCUUUCCUCUCAGCAAACAAAGGGUUAAUGCUAUCUAUUGUUCUUCUAUUAUAAAAAAUAAUACAAUUUAAACCUUGUAUUAUGGUUUCAUGUCUUUCUUCUACUAUUAAUUAACUUCAUUUGUCGUCCCUCUACUAUCUAAAAACAUACCGAUGUUAUCCCUCUGUCCAAUGUAAGUUAACAGGAUUAUUUAUUGACCGUUAAGUGACAGUCACAUCGUUAGGAUCGCUUUCACUGAACGAUGGCGCCUGCAGAUGCUUCACCAAAAUUGGAACAGCACUGCCUUCAAUGAUGACUUCGAUAUCGUUCUUGGCGAGUUCGGCAAGGACGUGAGUAGCGAGCUUAGUAGCAGCGUGAUCGGCAUCACACUAAGAGAAGAAGGUGGAAUUGAGGACGUUAACUUUAGUAGUUACCUCACAAAGGAGAGCGUGGCAGGUGUCACUGGACGACGAAAGGGAAAUCUCCAGUCCUCUUUAAUUUCUUCCUCUCAGGGAGACCCUGAUCUUGGUGCCUCUGCAGCUCCAUCGGCAGGCAAAUGCGGUUGUCUUGCGGGAGUCGCAUCAAAUUUUCAUGGCCAAGAGUUCGAUGCAGACGUGAUGGAAGACGACGCCGGAGGAGGAGCUUUCAUUAGGUUCUUCACUGUAGAGAUUCUGGUUGUCUUUGAAGGAGAAUGGCAAUGGCGACGCAGAGGUAUCGUGAAUCCGUAGCAUUGAUUUACUGCUAGCUUAAGGCCACCACAUUGAUGGUGGUGGAGAUCAAUCACGAAAUUUUUCAAGCGGAUUUCAACAACCAUAACAACCAAAGUUGUAGAAGUCAAGAAAACCAGAUGAGCAAG